CCAAUUCCCAUUCCAAUUCCAAACGCAGCAGAAGCCUUUCCUUUGAUCGAGCACCUCUCCUCCAUCAAUCUGCUCAAAUGGCUUCCACCAUGGCGCUCUCCUCCCCGUCCUUCGUCGGCAAGCCCGUCAAGUUCGCCCCCUCACUCUCCGACGGCCUUGGCGGCGGCGGCCGGUUCACCAUGCGGAAGACCGGCGGCAGACCCAAGCCAGCGGUGUCGGGGAGCCCCUGGUACGGCGCCGACCGCGUCAACUAUCUCGGCCCCUUCUCCGGCGAACCCCCGUCCUACCUCACCGGCGAAUUCCCUGGCGACUACGGGUGGGACACUGCCGGCCUCUCCGCUGACCCCGAGACGUUCGCCAAGAACCGGGAGCUGGAGGUGAUCCACUGCCGGUGGGCCAUGAUGGGCGCGUUGGGCUGCGUCUUCCCGGAGCUCCUCUCCCGCAACGGCGUCAAGUUCGGCGAGGCGGUUUGGUUCAAGGCCGGGUCGCAGAUCUUCUCCGAGGGCGGACUCGAUUACCUCGGCAACCCCAGCCUGAUCCACGCGCAGAGCAUCCUGGCCAUAUGGGCGUCCCAGGUGGUGCUGAUGGGCGCCGUGGAGGGGUACCGUGUGGCCGGCGGCCCGCUAGGGGAGGUGGUCGACCCGCUCUACCCCGGAGGGAGCUUCGACCCGCUGGGUCUAGCCGACGAUCCUGAGGCUUUCGCGGAGCUGAAGGUGAAGGAGAUCAAGAACGGGAGGCUGGCCAUGUUCUCCAUGUUCGGUUUCUUCGUGCAAGCCAUCGUCACCGGCAAGGGGCCGUUGGAGAACCUGGCCGACCACCUGGCCGACCCAGUGAACAACAACGCGUGGGCCUACGCCACCAACUUUGUUCCCGGCAAAUGAAAACGCCGUGUUGAGAUUGUAAACUCAGAUGCACAUUAAUGUGUCAUGCAAUUGGAAUGGGAAUUUGUGAGCGAAAUAAUAGAAGUUUGUAAGUGACUCUGUCUUUGUACUCGAUGUUCGACAAGUAUGGAGUGUGUCUAGAGCAUAAUUGCUA